GAAGCUUUCUUGUGUGGUGUUGUUUUCUUUAUAUAUAUAUAAAAAAAAACUCAAGACAUGUAUAUCAAUAUUGAGUGUUUAAAGAGGGUGGCACUAAUAGUGGAGGCUUAAGAAAAGUAGAGACGUCUAUCUUUAUCUUUAUUAGAGAAAUAAACUAUGUAAAAGAAAGGGUAGUAGUACCCUCCUUAUAUUUUAUUAAAUUCUUCCUAUACCACUCCCUCACUAAAUUGUUUUUAGUCUUAAUUCCUUGUGGCUAGGGAUAGAAACUAGACAAAUAACAAUGGUGACCAAGAAACCAAAAGUUGUGAUAAUAGGUGCAGGAAUGGCAGGUCUUACAGCAGCUAACAAGCUGUACACAAGUGCAGGUUGUAAAGAAUUUAUAGAGGUUUGUGUUGUGGAGGGUGGUGAUAGGAUUGGUGGAAGGAUAAUAACUUCAGAGUUUGUUGGGAGUAGAAUUGAGAUGGGUGCUACUUGGAUCCAUGGAAUUGGGGGUAGCCCUGUUUACAAGAUAGCUCAAGAGAUUAACUCACUUCAUUCAGAUAAGCCUUGGGAGUGUAUGAAUGAGUUUUUGGAUGAGCCAUUGACAAUAGCUGAAGGAGGUUAUCACCUCAAUUCUUCUCUUGUUGACCCUAUAUGUAAUCUUUUCAAGAAACUCAUGGAUUUUGCUCAAGGCAAACCUCAUGUCCAGUUUCCAUCCUCCAAUGGGAAUCUUAGUAUUGGUUCUUUCCUAAGGAAAGGGCUGGAUGCUUACUGGGGCUCCAUAAAAGAACAAGAGGAAACACUGGGGUUUGAUAACUGGACAAGAAAAUCACUAGAGGAAGGUAUUUUUGCAAUGCUUGAGAACACACAAAGGACUUACACAUCAGCUGGUGAUUUGGAGACACUAGAUUUUAAUGCAGAAAGCGAGUAUCGUAUGUUUCCAGGGAAAGAGAUAACCAUUGCCAAAGGUUACUCAACUAUAGUUGAAUCUUUGGCAUCUGUUCUGCCAGAUGGUAUGAUUCAAUUAGGCCGAAAGGUCACGAAAAUUGAAUGGCAACCUGAUGAUGGUGAAAACUGUGAUGUUAUUAAGCCAGUAAAGAUACAUUUUUGUGAUGGAUCAAUCAUGUAUGCUGAUCAUGUGAUUGUGACAGUUUCACUUGGGGUUCUAAAACAAGGGAUUCACAAUAAUACUGGUAUGUUUAGUCCUCCACUACCUAGAUUUAAGACUGAAGCAAUCUCAAGGCUUGGUUUUGGUGUUGUUAACAAACUAUUCUUGCAACUAAGUCCAAAUAGGGAUGAGUUUCCCAACUUGCAGAUGGUGUUUCAUCAGUCAGACUCGAAACUAAGGCAUCGUAGAAUCCCCUGGUGGAUGAGGAGGACAGCUUCUUUAUGUCCUAUCUAUGGAACAUCAAAUGUUCUAUUGUCAUGGUUUGCAGGGAAAGAGGCUCUUGAGGUUGAAUCACUUAGUGAUGAAGAGAUCAUUGAUGGAUUCUCAAAAGUGAUCUCUGAUUUACUCGAAAACUCGAAAAACAAGUGUAAUGGGCAUGCAGACUCAGCCAUCAAAUUUGAUAAGGUUUUAAAGACUAAAUGGGCUACUGAUCCACUGUUCUUGGGAUCAUAUAGUUAUGUGGCAGUUGGCUCAAGUGGAGAUGAUUUGGAUAGUAUGGCUGAGCCAUUGCCAAAAACGAACAAUCAUGAUUUAAAUUCCCUUCAGCUUCAAAUUCUAUUUGCGGGGGAAGCAACACAUAGAACUCAUUAUUCAACAACUCAUGGUGCUUACUUUAGUGGCCUAAGAGAAGCCAACAGGCUACUUCAGCACUACAAAUAUAUUGAUAUAUGAAAAAUGUUUGUUGCCAUAGAAAACUAGGCAGCCCUUUUUUUAAAAAAAUAAAAUAAAAUAAAAUAUUUUCUAUAAUUAUUUGUAGAAAGAUGUUUGUUGAGUAUUAAUUAAUUCUUCUGUGUGAUUGGAAUUUGAGGGAGAAAUUAGUAAAAGGGCCACACAUCCUUGAUGUACUAAUGAAUGAAUUAAAGAAGCUUCUUUUUAAUGUGCUAUUA